AUGUCCGCUGAAGCUGCCCAAUUGGCACAGGUGCUGGAACAGACCAUCUUGAGUCCCGACCCAACGGUACGGUUGCAGUGUGAAACGCAGCUUAAGAAGUUUUCCAACGACAAUUUUCUGCAAUACGUUGGUCUACUGGCUCAGGUCUUGGCUGAUGACAGCACUAGGCUAGAGGCACGAAUCCUGGCGGCCUUGACAUUGAAAAAUGAACUCAUUAGUAGGGAUAGCGUGAAAACGCAGCAACUGGCCCAGAGAUGGAUCUCGCAAGUGGACGAGUCGUCGCGUGCCGCCAUCCGUGAGUAUGCUCUUUCUGCCCUUAUGGCCGCAGAGACUAGGGUAGCCAAUGCGUCUGCUCAAUUGAUAGCAGCCAUUGCCACGACAGAACUCCCUCGUAAUCUAUGGCCGGAUCUCAUGACGAUCAUGGUUGACAACACCGCCACACAGCAACCGGAAAACUUCAAGCGGGCUUCCCUUUUGGCGCUCGGUUAUAUUUGUGAGGCUGCAGAUCCAGGCUCCGAAACUUUGGUGGCCCAGUCUAACAACAUUUUAAUUGCAAUUGUUCAAGGUGCGCAGGCAAGUGAACCUUCCCGGGCUGUGAGGCUAACUGCUCUAAAUGCGCUAGCCGACUCUCUAGCUUUCAUCAAGAAUAACAUGGAACGAGAGGGCGAACGGAACUACCUGAUGCAAGUGGUAUGCGAAGCAACGCAAACCACAGACGACUCCGAGAUUCAAGCUGCGGCCUUCGGGUGUUUGUGUAAAAUCAUGUCCCUUUACUACUUCCUGAUGAAACCUUAUAUGGAGCAGGCCUUAUAUGCCCUAACCGUUUCGACUAUGCAAUCACAAGACGAAAAGGUUGCUUCAAUGGCAGUUGAGUUUUGGUCUACUAUCUGUGAAGAAGAAAUCGACAUCGCGUACGAAUUGGCCCAGUUCCCACAGUCACCCUUACAAAGUUUCAAUUUCGCACUUACUUCCAUUCAAGAAGUUAUUCCCAAUUUGUUGAAUCUCCUCUCAAGGCAGAAUGAAGACGCUGAAGAUGAUGAUUGGAAUGUUGCCAUGUCGGCGGGCGCUUGCCUACAACUGUUUGCCCAAAACUGUGGUAAUUACGUUGUGGAGCCAGUUCUGCGAUACGUCGAACACAAUAUCACUAGUGAUAACUGGAGAAAUCGUGAAGCUGCUGUCAUGGCUUUUGGUUCGAUUUUAGAUGGGCCUGACAAAGUACAACUAACGAAUUUAAUCCACCAAGCGCUUCCACCGAUCCUUCACUUAAUCAAAGAUCAAUCUUUGCAAGUCAAAGAGACUGUUGCUUGGUGUGUCGGUAGAAUUGCGGAUCUAGUGAUUGCAGCCAUAGACCCACAAACUCAUCUACCCGACGUGAUACACGUCUGUUUGCAAGGUCUUGAAGAUCAUCCAAAGGUAGCCACAAACUGCGCGUGGACAAUUAUAAACCUCGUCGAACAAAUGGCUGAUACCCAAGGUUCACCAAUCUACAACUAUUACCCCAUUUUGGUGGACUCUUUGAUCAAAGCUGCUAAUCGCAUUGACAACGAAAAUAGUGCCAGAGCUUCGGCAUUCUCUGCUUUGACUACCUUAGUCGAGUUCUCCACAGAUCAAGUUGCGGAGUCUGCUAUUUCGAUUUCCUCUUUUAUUUUGGACAAACUAGGACAAACCAUGACAGUAGACGAGACUCAACUGAACACAGAAGACAAGCAGAGCUUGGAAGAGUUGCAAUCUAAUGUUUUGAGUGUCCUGUCCGCCGUAAUCCGCAAGAAUCCAGCUUCCGUUACGUCAGUAUCCGACAUGCUAAUGGACCUUUUCAUCAAACUGUUAGAUAAGAAAGAUGCCUCUUAUGUGGAAGAUGAUGUUUUUUACUCCAUAUCAUCCUUGGCUGGUGCCUUAGGUAAGAGUUUUGAGAAAUAUUUGGAAACAUUUUCACCUUACUUAGUCAACGCUCUAAACCAAGUCCAAUCACAAGUAUCCAUCACGGCUGUUGGGCUGAUUGCUGAUAUUUCCAACUGUCUAGAAGACGAUUUCAAGCAAUUUGCGCCUGCGUUCAUGAACGUGUUGGGCCAGAUGAUCUCCACCAAUUCCGCCAAGAAGGAGCUUAAGCCCGCAGUUCUCUCGGUAUUUGGGGACAUUGCCUCCAACAUUGGGCCCGACUUUAUUCCAUAUCUGAACCAGGUUAUGGCCCUGUGCGUUGCUGCUCAGAAUACGAGACCUGAAAAUGCUUCCUUGGAAGCACUUGAAUACAACGUCAAGAUCCAUGAAUCUGUACUCGAUGCAUACGUGGGGACGGUAGCGGGUUUGCACUCGAACCCAGAUGCUCUGUUCCCAUACGCAGGUACCCUUUUCCAAUUCAUAGGCCACAUCGCAGACAACCACACGCUUAACAGCGAAGAUUCUACGGCUAGAGCUGCUGUUGGAAUUAUCGGUGACGUGGCUGCUAUGUUCCCAGACGGCAGAAUAAAACAAUUUUAUUCUCAAGAAUGGGUCGCGGAGUUUAUCAAGAAGACGAGAAGCAACCCUCUCUUCAGCCAGUCCACAAAGGACACUGCUAGGUGGGCCCGUGAGCAGCAGAAACUCCAAUUAGGUCUCAGAUGA